ACGUUCAUCACUCGUCUUUCUCUUAAAAUUUGUCCAAAUAGCCACGUGGACUCAACCCAUGGAUUCCAAUUUCAGAUAAUACAUUCCGAUCAGCUGGAUUUUCCAAUUUAAGACACCCCGGGUGUCGUCUUCUUUGCCCGUUUCCAUUCCAUACACAAGUCUGCUUUUUUGCCCCCGCCUGAAGCAAUUGGGGAUUCAUGGCCUCCCCGGCAGGGACUCUACGCUUAUCGGCGAAGAUCCUUCUCGUUCUGUUUGUGUCAGUCGCGGUCGCCGAUGACGUUUCGCUGGACGAUGACUCGACUCCGAAAUCCCCCAACUGCAAAAAUAAAUAUCAGUUGGUCAAGAUCAAGAACUGGGUUAAUGGUGUGGAAGGCGAAAGUGUAGUUGGGUUAAGUGCAAGAUUUGGUGCUUCAUUGCCAAGUCAUGCUGAAAAUGAUCUCAAAUUGCCUGCUGUUUUUUCAAAUCCUUUAAAUUGCUGUUCCAAUUCCUUGUCAAAGUUAUCACAAUGUGCUGCCUUGUCUAUGCGUGGUGAUUGCGCGUUCAUGAAGAAAGCAGAUAUUGCACAAUCAGGAGGAGCAGCAGCUCUGUUGGUGAUAAAUGACAAUGAAGAUCUUUUCAAAAUGGUUUGUUCUGAAGAUGAUACUACUGUGAAUAUUACAAUUCCUGUUGUCAUGAUUCCAAAGUCAGGAGGAGAGACUUUUAAUAAAUCUAUCGCAGGUGGAGGGAGAGUGGAACUUCUGCUUUACGCCCCUAAUCGCCCGGUUGUUGACUACUCUGUGGUAUUCCUAUGGUUGAUGGCUGUUGGAACAAUUGUUUCUGCUUCACUGUGGUCAGAUUUUAUUGCAUGUGAGCAGAAUGACGAACGUUAUAAUGAAUUAUCACCAAAGGAAUCUUCUAAUGCAGGAACAGUCAAAGUUGAUUCUGAGAAGGAAGUUCUUGAUAUUAGUGCAAAGGGUGCUGUGGUUUUUGUCAUAGCGGCUUCAACUUUUCUGGUGCUGCUCUACUUUUUUAUGUCAUCUUGGUUUGUAUGGCUGCUGAUUGUACUCUUCUGCAUUGGUGGUAUUGAGGGAAUGCAUGCUUGCACAGUAACCUUGCUGUUGAGAAAACGCAGAAACCUGGGGCAAAAGACUGUGAACUUGCCUCUUUUGGGGGAGGUGUCUGUUCUCUCAAUUGCAGUGUUAUUAUUUUGUAUGGGGUUUGCAAUUUUCUGGGCUGCAAAUCAGCAUGCAUCAUAUGCUUGGGUUGGGCAAGAUAUCUUGGGUAUAUGCUUGAUGAUAACAGUCUUGCAGAUGGCUCGAUUACCUAAUAUCAAGGUUGCCUCAGUGCUACUCUGUUGCGCAUUUGUUUAUGACAUCUUUUGGGUCUUCUUAUCACCAUAUAUUUUUCAUGAGAGUGUUAUGAUUGCGGUUGCUCGUGGUGAUAAUAGUGGUGGAGAAGCCAUUCCCAUGCUUUUGAGAAUUCCCCGGUUGUUUGACCCUUGGGGUGGAUACGAUAUGAUUGGCUUUGGGGAUAUUUUGUUCCCUGGUUUGCUUAUUUCAUUUGCCUUCAGAUAUGACAAAGCAACUAAGAAGAGGGUAUCAGAUGGAUAUUUUCUUUGGCUGACAAUUGGAUAUGGAUGUGGUCUCUUCCUUACUUACCUGGGAUUGUAUCUGAUGGACGGGCACGGUCAGCCUGCACUCCUCUAUCUUGUUCCAUGUACACUAGGACUUGCUGUUAUAUUGGGCGCGGUAAGAGGUGAGCUGGAGCACUUGUGGAACUAUGGCACUGCUUCGGAUUCGGUUUCAGGCUCAUCUAAAGAUCCUUCCGGAGAAGCUUAAAAUUAGAUCUUCCAUCUCCUAUGCUUCAAUUGAGAGGGCUUCGUCCUGAUCUGCAGGGGUAGGAAAUGACCAAGUUUGUGCUAUUUCCCAAGGAUUUUUGGAUCAACUAGGUUGUGGAGAAUUCAGAAGAAGAAACACAGGGUUCUGGUUUUAAUGUGAUUCAACUCUAAAUUCUCUUAUCUUUUGUAGCUUCUCACUCCCUACCCUACCCUACCGUAAUCCCAAAAACAAGGGAAGACAGACUCAUAAAUCUUUUUUAUUUGAUAAUUAUGAUCAAUUAUUGCUACUGGAUUAUUGUUCAAGUUGUAAUAUAUAAUUAAUUCUCUCUCGAAA